CAUCAGUCAAGUAGUGACGCGCGUAAAGCGCGGUCGAAAUUACAGGCGCUCUUUUCCAAACGUGAAUUCGGUGUCAGAAUCACGGACGAUUAGUCAAAAACUAUACCUUUGAGUGUCACAUUUUCGAAAAAACUGGUAACUUUGUGUGAAAAUUUUUCAAGUGUUGCAAUCAGUGCGGAAAGAAAGCGGUUUCACCACCUCGAUUGCCACAGCGUCUGCGCAGUUCCCGGGCAAAAAUGGCGGAGAGUUCGAUGGACAAGUUUUGCGGCUCCACAUUUUGGAACUCGUCGCUGUCGUGGCACACAAAUGAUCCAGACGUUACAAAAUGCUUCGAGAAGACAGUGCUGAUUUGGAUUCCUUGUGUUUUCUUGUGGACGUUUUCGAGUUUAGAAGUUUAUUAUAUUUUACAUAGCAAAAAACGUGAUAUUCCGUGGAACUGGGUAAAUGUGUCAAAGUUGCUCGGGACUGCAGUUCUUUUUGUGUUGACUGUAACUGAUUUAGUGACAUCAAUAAAUUCAGCGAGUUCUAGUGAUAGUGGUGUUAGCAAUGUGGAUAUUUAUACACCCAUUAUAAAACUGUUGUCUUUUGCUCUGUCGGCCGUACUUUUAGUCUAUAAUCGUAAAUAUGGCCUCUGCACGUCCGGAUUGCAGUUCUUAUUUUGGCUAUUAACGGCGGUAUGUGGAGCCGUCCAAUUCAGAACCGAAGUCAGAGGUUCCAAAGAAGAUCUACCAGAGUCUCAAUAUGCGUACAUCAGUUACUUAAUUUAUUACCCCGUCGUCCUAAUCAUGUUGUUUUUAAAUUGUUUCGCGGAUCGACCUCCAAGACAUAGCGAGUACCCGAAAUUGCAGCACCCAUGCCCCGAAGAAAACAGCAGUUUCCUCUCUCGCUUAUUGUUCUCGUGGUUCGACCCCCUUGCGUGGCGCGGCUUCAGACGCCCGCUGGUAGACUCGGACCUAUGGGACAUGAAACACGAAGACUCGGCGCGAGAAGUGGUCCCCAUGUUCGAGAAACACUGGCGAAAAGUUCUCCAAAAAAGCGAAAGAAAUUCUCCCACACAUCAAACGCGCGCUUCGUAUAAAUUAGACUCAGCACGUGUGGAUAUUGUCGACAGCUCGACCAAAAAGAAACAAGCGUCGAUCCUCCCGGCUCUGGUCAAAGCGUUCGGACCCACGUUCGUAUUUGGUGCCUUACUAAAGUUAAUUCAAGAUUUGCUCACUUUCGUGAGCCCGCAGAUACUAAAUUUGCUUAUACAGUUCGUCAAAAAUAGCGAAGAGCAAUGGAAAGGGUUUUUCUACGCUGGUUUGCUUUUUGUCACCGCCACCAUCCAAACUAUCGUUUUGUCCCAGUACUUUAAUCGGAUGUUCGUCGUGGGAAUGCGGAUACGUACAGCUUUGGUUUCCGCGAUUUAUAAGAAGUCGCUGAAAGUUUCGAAUAAAGCGCGCAAAGAAAGCACAGUCGGAGAAAUAGUCAAUUUGAUGUCAGUCGACGCACAAAAAUUCAUUGAUCUCACGGCCUAUAUUAAUAUGAUCUGGUCGGCACCUCUGCAGAUUAUUCUAUCGUUGUACUUCCUGUGGGAUAUUCUAGGACCGUCGGUUUUGGCCGGUUUGGCCGUCAUGAUUAUUUUGAUUCCUAUCAACGGGUACAUAGCCAAUAAAGUCAAAGUUUUACAAAUCAAGCAAAUGAAGAAUAAGGAUGAACGCGUGAAGUUGAUGAAUGAAGUACUUAGCGGAAUUAAAGUACUUAAGUUGUAUGCGUGGGAGCCGAGUUUUGAGAAGCAGAUUUUGAAGAUUAGGGGGAAGGAAAUACAAGUGCUUAAAGAAGCGGCUUAUAUGAACGCAGGCACGUCGUUUAUUUGGUCAUGCGCACCGUUCCUGGUAUCACUAGUCUCUUUCGGUACAUAUGUCCUGGUGGACGAGAAUAACGUUCUUGAUGCGAGUAAGGCCUUUGUAUCUGUUUCUCUCUUCAAUAUACUAAGGUUUCCGCUGAGCAUGUUGCCAAUGAUGAUUUCAAACCUGGUCCAAGCGAUGGUCUCGAUUCAAAGGAUAAACAAAUUUAUGAACGCUGAAGAGCUCGAUCCGACUAGUGUGACCCACGAUUCUUCUGAAACUGCCCCGCUCGUAAUCGAAAACGGUUCCUUCAACUGGGACGACGACCCGACGUUAAAAAAUAUCAAUCUUCGUUUAGAAAAAAAUACUCUGACUGCAGUCGUGGGUUCGGUAGGUUCAGGGAAGAGCAGUUUGGUUUCUGCGUUUUUAGGCGAAAUGGAUAAAACUUCAGGUCGUGUUAACACCUUGGGUAGUAUAGCGUACGUUGCGCAGCAAGCGUGGAUUCAGAAUGCUAGCUUAAGAGAUAAUAUUUUAUUCGGGAAGUCGUUCGAUAAAGCGCUUUACGAUAAAGUGGUGGAAGCUUGUGCUUUGACGCCGGAUUUCGCUAUGUUGCCUGCCGGUGACCAAACCGAAAUCGGCGAAAAGGGUAUAAAUUUGUCCGGUGGCCAGAAACAGAGGGUUAGUUUGGCUCGAGCGGUUUACGCAAACUCGGAUAUAUACUUUUUGGAUGAUCCGUUAAGCGCUGUGGAUAGUCACGUAGGGAAACAUAUUUUCGAACAGGUGAUUGGACCAGAAGGGUUACUUAAACAUAAGACGAGAGUAUUGGUGACUCACGGAAUUACGUACUUACCCCAGACUGACAAAAUCGUUGUACUUAAAGACGGAGAAGUCUCAGAGUGUGGUACUUAUCAACAACUACUAGAUAAAAAAGGCGCGUUUUCGGAGUUUUUGUUGCAGCAUAUUAACGAAGUGGAAGAAGACGAAGAAGAACUGGACGCUUUGAAAAACCAACUGAGUGGGACUGCCGUUUCGGAAGAAAUUAGUAAGAAAUUGUCGAGGCAUAGGUCACGGGUUUCCGAAUCGGUGUCCGAAACGGGGUCUGAUCAAACGAGUCUGUCGCUACAGAGGCAAAAGUCUGUUGAUAGUGCCGAUCGGAGUUUGCGUCAUCGGUCUAGCUCAGUGGAAGAACCCAAAAAGCCGCCGGUGAAAGGCGACAAGUUGAUAGAGGUGGAAAAAACUGAAACUGGUAGCGUUAAGUGGAGUGUUUACAAGCACUACUUGAAGUCGAUUGGGUUGUUUUUGACUUUUGCCACGAUUUUCCUCAAUAUGUUGUUCCAAGGUUUUAGCAUCGGGUCGAAUGUGUGGCUAGGUGUUUGGGCGGACGAUAAUGUGACUGAUUCAGGGACAAGAGACUUUUAUCUUGGCAUUUAUGGUGCCUUAGGUUUAGGCCAAGCUGUUGCCGUGUUGUUAUCGGCGUUGACGUUAUUCAUAGGAUCGCUAAACGGAGCUCAGUUGCUUCACCAGUUGCUACUAUCAAACAUCUUACGAGUUCCUUGCACGACCUUUUUUGACGUUACUCCAGUUGGGCGUAUUUUAAAUAGGUUUUCUAAAGAUGUAGAUACUUUGGACAAUAUAUUACCGAUGACUAUCAGAGGAUGGAUCACUUGUUUUUUCUCGGUUUGUCGUAGUCUCUCGUUGCUUUUGUAUUGUAAGUGUUGUUGCUAUGCCUCCAUAAAAUUACACCAGAUCAUGCUUCGGGGUAUUUUACGAGCUCCAAUGUUGUUCUUUGAUACCACCCCUCUUGGACGAAUUUUGGGUCGCUUUGCUCGAGAUGUCGAAACUAUGGAUGCCACUUUGCCUUGGGGCAUGACAGACGGAAUUUAUUGCCUGUUUGAGGUCUUGGGUACACUAGUUGUAAUCAGUUAUACGACGCCGAUUUUCAUCAGUGUAAUCGUACCAAUAGGAAUACUGUACUAUUUUAUUCAGAGGUUCUAUGUGGCUACGUCACGUCAAUUAAAGCGUUUAGAGUCGGUGUCUCGAUCGCCGAUUUAUUCGCAUUUCGGGGAGACUAUCACGGGAGUGCAAGCCAUCAGAGCAUUCCGGGAACAAGACCGGUUUAUCAGAGAAUCGGAACACAAGGUGGACGUUAACCAAGUUUGCUAUUAUCCAAGUAUCAUUUCGAACAGAUGGCUGGCUGUCAGGCUCGAGAUGAUCGGCAACUUGAUCAUUUUCUUUGCGGCUUUGUUUGCAGUGCUAGGGAAAGACCAAAAUCCCGGAUUGGUUGGGCUGUCUGUGACGUAUUCGCUCCAGAUAACGCAAACUUUGAACUGGCUGGUGCGGAUGACGUCCGACGUGGAAACCAACAUCGUCGCCGUCGAACGUAUCAAAGAGUACGGCGAAGCCCCCCAGGAAGCCGACUGGGAGAUCCCCAAUAAAAGCCCUCCAUCCACGUGGCCCGAUAGCGGAAAAGUCGAAUUCAGCAAAUACGCAGUGAGGUACAGACCAGGCCUGGACUUAGUGCUAAAAGGGGUCAACUUUAGCAUACAGGGUGGAGAAAAAGUGGGCAUUGUGGGUAGGACGGGAGCGGGAAAAUCAAGCCUUACAUUAGCUUUAUUUAGGAUUAUCGAGGCCGCCGAAGGCGAAAUCCUUAUCGACGGAGUGAAUAUAGCAGGUUUAGGACUGCAUACAUUGCGGUCGCGGCUCACAAUUAUCCCCCAGGAUGCCGUAUUAUUCUCAGGAUCGCUUCGAAUGAAUCUCGAUCCUUUCGAUAAGCACACCGACGAGGAAGUGUGGACGGCUCUGGAGCACGCUCAUUUGAAAUCUUUCGUGAAAGGUUUAACGGCGGGUUUGUACCACGAGGUUAGCGAAGGCGGCGAGAAUUUGUCGGUGGGUCAACGACAGUUGAUUUGUUUGAGUCGGGCGCUGUUGAGGAAAACGAAAGUCUUGGUGUUGGACGAGGCGACGGCCGCGGUGGAUUUGGAGACGGACGAUUUGAUCCAGAGGACCAUCAGGAGCGAGUUUAAGGAUUGCACGGUCUUGACUAUAGCGCAUAGGUUGAACACCAUCAUGGACUCGGACCGGGUGAUAGUUUUAGAUCAGGGGAAGAUAGUGGAGUUCGAUUCGCCGCCGAACUUACUCAAACAACAUCAGUCAGUAUUUCACAGUAUGUGUAAAGAUGCAGGGUUAGCUUGAAUUUAAGAUUUUUGUAAAUAAAAUUGAGUUUGUGUUUGUCAUUAUCUUUAAUAAUCUAUGUGUUCAGUAAGUCACAUUAUCACGUGGGUCAGGUUUUAAGAUUGUUUGAUGAUUGUUACAUGUAUUGUUGAUACCUUUAUGGAGUUUGUUACUUAAUGUCGUUUUGGUGCUUUAGAUUAUUUUCGUAUGAAUUUUUUUCUAUUUUUGUACUUGGUUUAUUUUAUUAUACACUUGCCUUAUGAUGUGAAUUAGAUUUUUCUAAAAAUUGUGAUCUUGUUAAUAAUUAGGAACAAUCGUUUGCAAUAACUAUUGCAUAUGUUAGGAUGUUACGUGUAGUGUCACUUCUUCAUAGAACUUAUACAGUAUUCCCAGUUGCGUUACAAAAUUGAUCAAAGUUUUAUUGUACCUAUUGUUCACUAUUUUUAAUCUAUAAUUGUACUGUAACUUUUUAUAAAUAGAAAUAAUGUUGAUACUGGA